AUGGCGGAACCUGUCUCAUCGCCCGCUAAGCCCGUCCACACAAUCGUGCUGGACGCCGGCCCCAUCAUCAAAAAUUCCCCGCCGCUUUCCACUUUGCUCGCCCAAUGCGACGAAAUUAUCACCACCCCGAAAGUGGUGAGCGAAAUUCGCGAUCCCGACGCCCGCGCCCGUAUCGAGACCCUCUAUCUGCCCUUCCUCAAGCAGCGAACCCCCACCCCGAACAGCUUCAGCGUUGUUAGCGAAUUCGCCCGAAAGACCGGUGACCGUUCUGUGCUGAGUCGAAACGAUAUCGAAGUGCUGGCCCUCGCCUAUGAGAUCGAAUGUGAACGUAAUGGAGGCGACUGGCGACUGCGAAGCGUCCCGGGUCAAAAGCGUGUGAAUGGAAAGCCGCCCGUGAAAGAGGACGAGCCCAAGGAACAGGGGUCGAAGGAAAACUCUGAGGCCACUGGCGUGGAUGCAAUCACCGAAGGUGUUAAAGGCGCAGUCGUUAUCGACAGCGUUGAGAAGGCAGAGGCGAAGAUCAAGGAGAACGGUGCAGCCUCCGAGACCGCCCCCGAGACCGCCACCCCGACCGAGGUUGUGAAUGAGGAUACCGCCGAGGCUCAAGGCGAGGACGCAGAAGAAGAUGACACCGUUGACUCGGAUGGCGGAGAAUGGAUCACACCCUCCAACUACAAGAAGCGGCUGGCCCGCGACGAAGCUGGUGGUGCUGCAUCGGCCGCCUCGGAGCCGAAAACCAUGCAGGUUGCAACCAUGACCACUGAUUUCGCAUGCCAAAACGUUCUUCUCCAAAUGAACCUCAACCUUCUGUCGACAACCACUCUGCAGAGAAUCCAGCAUCUGCGCACUUUCAUCAAGCGCUGCCAUGCCUGCUUCCUCACCACCAAGGACAUGAACAAGCAGUUCUGCCCUCGUUGCGGUAAAGAUACUCUUACUCGUGUUUCCUGCACUACCACUGCCAAUGGCCAAUUCACCAUGCACCUGAAGAAGAACAUGCAGUGGAAUAACCGUGGUAAUGUGUACAGUGUCCCCAAGCCUGUCGCAGGUACCGCCAACGGCAAGUGGAAGGGAGGCGGUGGCAAGGGUGGAUGGGGUCGAGAUCUUGUCCUCGCCGAAGAUCAGAAGGAGUUUGUCCGCGCUAACGCUGAAGAGGAGCGCCGCCAGCGUCGGGAGCGUGACCUGAUGGACGAGGACUACCUGCCCGGUAUCCUGACCGGUGAGCGCAACAGACAGGGAGGACGUACCAAGGUUGGCGCUGGCCGAAACGUCAACUCGCGAAAGCGCUAA